AUGAACAGCUGCGCAGAAACAGCUGCGCAGAAACAACUGCGCAGAAACAGCUGCGCAGAAACAGCUGCGCAGAAACAGCUGCGCAGAAACAGCUGCGCAGAAACAGCUGCGCAGAAACAGCUGCGCAGAAACAGCUGCGCAGAAACAGCUGCGCAGAAACAGCUGCGCAGAAACAGCGGCGCAGAAACACUCUAUAGCCUCCGGUUACAGGAGCGUACCUCCAUGUUCAAUGUUUUUUGGGCAGUUGAACAUCUGCGCAGAAACAGCUGCGCAGAAACAGCUGCGCAGAAACAGCUGCGCAGAAACAGCUGCGCAGAAACAGCUGCACAGGAACAGCUGCGCAGGAACAGCUGCGCAGAAACAGCUGCGCAGGAACAGCUGCGCAGGAACAGCUGCGCAGCAACAGCUGCGCAGAAACAGCUGCGCAGGAACAGCUGCGCAGGACCAGCUGCGCAGGAACAGCCGCGCAGGAACAGCCGCGCAGGAACAGCCGCGCAGGAACAGCCGCGCAGGAACAGCCGCGCAGGAACUGCCGCGCAGGAACUGCCGCGCAGGAACAGCCGCGCCGAAACAGCCGCGCCGAAACAGCCGCGCCGAAACAGCCGCGCCGAAACAGCCGCGCCGAAACAGCCGCGCCGAAACAGCCGCGCCGAAACAGCCGCGCCGAAACAGCCGCGCCGAAACAGCCGCGCCGAAACAGCCGCGCCGAAACAGCCGCGCCGAAACAGCCGCGCCGAAACAGCCGCGCCGAAACAGCCGCGCCGAAACAGCCGCGCCGAAACAGCCGCGCCGAAACAGCCGCGCCGAAACAGCCGCGCCGAAACAGCCGCGCCGAAACAGCCGCGGCGAAACAGCCGCGCCGAAACAGCCGCGCCGAAACAGCCGCGCCGAAACUGCCGCGCCGAAACUGCCGCGCCGAAACUGCCGCGCCGUAACUGCCGCGCCGAAACUGCCGCGCCGAAACUGCCGCGCCGAAACUGCCGCGCCGAAACUGCCGCGCCGAAACUGCCGCGCCGAAACAGCCGCGCCGAAACAGCCGCGCCGAAACAGCCGCGCCGAAACAGCCGCGCCGAAACAGCCGCGCCGAAACAGCCGCGCCGAAACAGCCGCGCCGAAACAGCCGCGCCGAAACAGCCGCGCCGAAACAGCCGCGCCGAAACAGCCGCGCCGAAACAGCCGCGCCGAAACAGCCGCGCCGAAACAGCCGCGCCGAAACAGCCGCGCCGAAACUGCCGCGCCGAAACUGCCGCGCCGAAACUGCCGCGCCGAAACUGCCGCGCCGAAACUGCCGCGCCGAAACUGCCGCGCCGAAACUGCCGCGCCGAAACUGCCGCGCCGAAACUGCUGCGCCGAAACUGCUGCGCCGAAACUGCUGCGCCGAAACAGCUGCGCCGAAACAGCUGCGCCGAAACAGCUGCGCAGAAACAGCUAGGCAUAAGCAGCUGCGGAGAAACAGCUGCGCAGAAACAGCUGCGCAGAAACAGAUGCGCAGAAACAGCUGCGCAGAAACAGCUGCGCAGAAACAGCUGCGCAGAAACAGCUGCGCAGAAACAGCUGCGCAGAAACAGCUGCGCAGAGACAGCUGCGCAGAGACAGCUGCGCAGAGACAGCUGCACAGAAACAGCUGCGCAGAAACAGCUGCGCAGAAACAGCUGCGCAGAAACAGCUGCGCAGAAACAGCUGCGCAGAAACAGCUGCGCAGAAACAGCUGCGGAGAAACAGCUGCGCAGAAACAGCUGCGCAGAAACAGCUGCGCAGAAACAGAUGCGCAGAAACAGCUGCGCAGAAACAGCUGCGCAGAAACAGCGGAUCUCUCGACCACGCGCGCGUACGGAGUUCGUCACCCAUGCUGUUGCAGUGAAGUCUCAUCAGAAAAUCAGAAACAGCUGCGCGGAGACGGCUGCGCAGAAGCGGUUGCGCAGAAGCGGCUGCGCGGAAGCGGCUGCGCGGAAGCGGCUGCGCGGAAGCGGCUGCGCGGAAGCGGCUGCGCGGAAACGGCUGCGCGGAAACGGCUGCGCGGAAACGGCUGCACGGAAACGGCUGCGCGGGAACGGCUGCGCGGGAACAGGUGCGCGGGAACAGGUGCGCGGGAACAGGUGCGCGGGAACAGCUGCGCGGGAACAGCUGCGCAGGAACAGCUGCGCAGGAACAGCUGCACAGGAACAGGUGCGCAGGAACAGCUGCACAGGAACAGCUGCGCAGGAACAGGUGCGCAGGAACAGGUGCGCAGAAACAGCUGCGCAGAAACAGCUGCGCAGAAACAGCGGCGCAGAAACAGCGGCGCAGAAACAGCGGCGCAGAAACAGCGGCGCAGAAACACUCUAUAGCCUCCGGUUACAGGAGCGUACCUCCAUGUUCAAUGUUUUUUGGGCAGUUGAACAUAAACGGCUGCGCAGAAACGGCUGCGCAGAGACGGCUGCGCAGAAACGGCUGCGCAGAAACGGCUGCGCAGAAACGGCUGCGCAGAAACAGCUGCGCAGAAACAGCUGCGCAGAAACAGCUGCGCAGAAACAGCUGCGCAGAAACAGCUGCGCAGAAACAGCUGCGCAGAAACAGCUGCGCAGAAACAGCUGCGCAGAAACAGCUGCGCAGAAACAGUGCGCAGAAACAGCUGCGCAGAAACAGCUGCGCAGAAACAGCUGCACAGAUACAGCUGCGCAGAUACAGCUGCGCAGAUACAGCUGCGCAGAAACAGCUGCGCAGAAACAGCUGCGCAGAAACAGCUGCGCAGAAACAGCUGCGCAGAAACAGCUGCGCAGAAACAGCUGCGCAGAAACAGCUGCGCAGGAACAGCUGCGCAGGAACAGCUGCGCAGAAACAGCUGCGCAGGAACAGCUGCGCAGGAACAGCUGCGCAGAAACAGCUGCGCAGAAACAGCUGCGCAGGAACAACUGCGCAGGAACAGCUGCGCAGGAACAGCUGCGCAGAAACAGCUGUGCAGGAACAGCUGCGCAGGAACAGCUGCGCAGGAACAGCUGCGCAGAAACAGCUGCGCAGAAACAGCUGCGCAGAAACAGCUGCGCAGAAACAGCUGCGCAGAAACAGCUGCGCAGAAACAGCGGCGCAGAAACAGCGGCGCAGAAACACUCUAUAGCCUCCGGUUACAGGAGCGUACCUCCAUGUUCAAUGUUUUUUGGGCAGUUGAACAUCGGCUGCGCAGAAGCGGCUGCGCAGAAGCGGCUGCGCAGAAGCGGCUGCGCAGAAGCGGCUGCGCAGAAGCGGCUGCGCAGAAGCGGCUGCGCAGAAGCGGCUGCGCAGAAGCGGCUGCGCAGAAGCGGCUGCGCAGAAGCGGCUGCGCAGAAGCGGCUGCGCAGUAGCGGCUGCGCAGUAGCGGCUGCGCAGAAGCGGCUGCGCAGAAGCGGCUGCGCAGAAGCGGCUGCGCAGAAGCGGCUGCGCAGAAGCGGCUGCGCAGAAGCGGCUGCGCAGAAGCGGCUGCGCAGAAGCGGCUGCGCAGAAGCGGCUGCGCAGAAACGGCUGCGCAGAAACGGCUGCGCAGAAGCGGCUGCGCAGAAGCGGCUGCGCAGAAGCGGCUGCGCAGAAGCGGCUGCGCAGAAGCGGCUGCGCAGAAGCGGCUGCGCAGAAGCGGCUGCGCAGAAGCGGCUGCGCAGAAGCGGCUGCGCAGAAGCGGCUGCGCAGAAGCGGCUGCGCAGAAGCGGCUGCGCAGAAGCGGCUGCGCAGAAACGGCUGCGCAGAAACGGCUGCGCAGAAACGGCUGCGCAGAAACGGCUGCGCAGAUACGGCUGCGCAGAAACGGCUGCGCAGAAACGGCUGCGCAGAAACGGCUGCGCAGAUACGGCUGCGCAGAAACGGCUGCGCAGAAACGGCUGCGCAGAAACGGCUGCGCAGAAACGGCUGCGCAGGAACGGCUGCGCAGGAACGGCUGCGCAGGAACGGCUGCGCAGGAACGGCUGCGCAGGAACGGCUGCGCAGGAACGGCUGCGCAGGAACGGCUGCGCAGGAACGGCUUCGCAGAAGCGGCUGCGCAGAAGCGGCUGCGCAGAUGCGGCUGCGCAGAAGCGGCUGCGCAGAAGCGGCUGCGCAGAAGCGGCUGCACAGAAGCGGCUGCGCAGAAGCGGCUGCGCAGAAGCGGCUGCGCAGAAGCGGCUGCGCAGAAGCGGCUGCGCAGAAGCGGCUGCGCAGAAGCGGCUGCGCAGAAGCGGCUGCGCAGAAACGGCUGCGCAGAAACGGCUGCGCAGAAACGGCUGCGCAGAAACGGCUGCGCAGAAACGGCUGCGCAGAAACGGCUGCGCAGGAACGGCUGCGCAGGAACGGCUGCGCAGAAACGGCUGCAAACGGCUGCGCAGAAACGGCUGCGCAGAAACGGCUGCGCAGAAACGGCUGCGCAGAAACGGCUGCGCAGAAACGGCUGCGCAGAAGCAGUUGCGCAGAAGCAGCUGCGCAGAAGCAGCUGCGCAGAAACAGCUGCGCAGAAACAGCUGCGCAGAAACAGCUGCGCAGAUACAGCUGCGCAGAUACAGCUGCGCAGAAACGGCUGCGCAGAAACGGCUGCGCAGAAACGGCUGCGCUGAUACGGCUGCGCAGAAACGGCUGCGCAGAAACGGCUGCGCAGAAACGGCUGCGCAGAAGCGGCUGCGCAGAAGCGGCUGCGCAGAAGCGGCUGCGCAGAAGCGGCUGCGCAGAAGCGGCUGCGCAGAAACGUCGGCGCAGAAACGGCUGCGCAGAAGCAUCUGCGCAGAAACAGCUGCGCAGAAGCAGCUGCGCAGAAACAGCUGCGCAGAAACAGCUGCGCAGAAACAGCUGCGCAGAAACAGUGCGCAGAAACAGCUGCGCAGAAACAGCUGCGCAGAAACAGCUGCGCAGAUACAGCUGCGCAGAUACAGCUGCGCAGAAACAGCUGCGCAGAUACAGCUGCGCAGAUACAGCUGCGCAGAAACAGCUGCGCAGAAACAGCUGCGCAGAAACAGCUGCGCAGAAACAGCUGCGCAGAAACAGCUGCGCAGAAACAGCUGCGCAGGAACAGCUGCGCAGAAGCAGCUGCUCAGGAACAGCUGCGCAGAAACAGCUGCGCAGAAACAGCUGCGCAGGAACAGCUGCGCAGGAACAGCUGCGCAGGAACAGCUGCGCAGGAACAGCUGCGCAGAAACAGCUGCGCAGGAACAGCUGCGCAGGAACAGCUGCGCAGGAACAGCUGCGCAGAAACAGCUGCGCAGAAACAGCUGCGCAGAAACAGCUGCGCAGAAACAGCUGCGCAGAAACAGCUGCGCAGAAACAGCUGCGCAGAAACAGCGGCGCAGAAACAGCGGCGCAGAAACAGCGGCGCAGAAACACUCUAUAGCCUCCGGUUACAGGAGCAAGCGGCUGCGCAGAAGCGGCUGCGCAGAAGCGGCUGCGCAGAAGCGGCUGCGCAGAAACGGCUGCGCAGAAACAGCUGCGCAGAAACAGCUGCGCAGGAACAGCUGCGCAGGAACAGCUGCGCAGAUACGGCUGCGCAGAAACAGCUGCGCAGAAACAGCUGCGCAGAAACAGCUGCGCAGGAACAGCUGCGCAGGAACAGCUGCGCAGGAACAGCUGCGCAGGAACAGCUGCGCAGGAACAGCUGCGCAGAAACAGCUGCGCAGAAACAGCUGCGCAGGAACAGCUGCGCAGAAACAGCUGCGCAGAAACAGCUGCGCAGAAACAGCUGCGCAGAAACAGCUGCGCAGAAACAGCUGCGCAGAAACAGCUGCGCAGAAACAGCUGCGCGGAAACAGCUGCGCGGAAACAGCUGCGCGGAAACAGCUGCGCGGAAACAGCUGCGCGGAAACAGCUGCGCGGAAACAGCUGUGCAGAAACAGCUGCGCAGAAGCAGAUGCGCAGAAACAGCUGCGCAGAAACAGCUGCGCAGAAACAGCUGCGCAGAAACAGCUGCGCAGAAACAGCUGCGCAGAAACAGCUGCGCAGAAACAGCUGCGCAGAAACAGCGGCGCAGAAACAGCGGCGCAGAAACAGCGGCGCAGAAACAGCGGCGCAGAAACACUCUAUAGCCUCCGGUUACAGGAGCGUACCUCCAUGUUCAAUGUUUUUUGGGCAGUUGAACAUCUGCGCAUAAACAGCUGCGCCGAAACAGCUGCGCCGAAACAGCUGCGCCGAAACAGCUGCGCCGAAACAGCUGCGCCGAAACAGCUGCGCCGAAACAGCUGCGCCGAAACUGCUGCGCCGAAACUGCUGCGCCGAAACUGCUGCGCCGAAACUGCUGCGCCGAAACUGCUGCGCCGAAACUGCUGCGCCGAAACUGCUGCGCCGAAACAGCUGCGCCGAAACAGCUGCGCCGAAACAGCUGCGCCGAAACAGCUGCGCCGAAACAGCUGCGCCGAAACAGCUGCGCCGAAACAGCUGCGCCGAAACAGCUGCGCAGAAACAGCUAGGCAUAAGCAGCUGCGCAGAAACAGCUGCGCAGAGACAGCUGCGCAGAAACAGAUGCGCAGAAACAGCUGCGCAGAAACAGCUGCGCAGAAACAGCUGCGCAGAAACAGCUGCGCAGAGACAGCUGCGCAGAGACAGCUGCGCAGAGACAGCUGCGCAGAGACAGCUGCGCAGAGACAGCUGCGCAGAAACAGCUGCGCAGAAACAGCUGCGCAGAAACAGCUGCGCAGAAACAGCUGCGCAGAAACAGCUGCGCAGAAACAGCUGCGCAGAAACAGCUGCGCAGAAACAGCUGUGCAGAAACAGCUGCGCAGAAACAGAUGCGCAGAAACAGCUGCGCAGAAACAGCUGCGCAGAAACAGCGGCGCACAAACAGCGGCGCAGAAACACUCUAUAGCCUCCGGUUACAGGAGCGUACCUCCAUGUUCAAUGUUUUUUGGGCAGUUGAACAUUGAAGUCUCAUCAGAAAAUCAGAAACAGCUGCGCGGAGACGGCUGCGCAGAAGCGGCUGCGCAGAAGCGGCUGCGCAGAAGCGGCUGCGCGGAAGCGGCUGCGCGGAAGCGGCUGCGCGGAAGCGGCUGCGCGGAAACGGCUGCGCGGAAACGGCUGCGCGGAAACGGCUGCGAGGGAACGGCUGCGCGGGAACAGGUGCGCGGGAACAGGUGCGCGGGAACAGGUGCGCGGGAACAGGUGCGCGGGAACAGCUGCGCAGGAACAGCUGCGCAGGAACAGCUGCGCAGGAACAGGUGCGCAGGAACAGCUGCGCAGGAACAGCUGCGCAGGAACAGGUGCGCAGGAACAGCUGCGCAGAAGCGGCUGCGCGGAAGCGGCUGCGCGGAAGCGGCUGCGCGGAAGCGGCUGCGCGGAAGCGGCUGCGCGGAAGCGGCUGCGCGGAAGCGGCUGCGCGGAAGCGGCUGCGCGGAAGCGGCUGCGCGGAAACGGCUGCGCGGAAACGGCUGCGCCGAAACGGCUGCGCAGAAACGGCUGCGCAGAAACGGCUGCGCAGAAACGGCUGCGCAGAAACGGCUGCGCAGAAACGGCUGCGCAGAAACGUAUGCGCAGAAACGGCUGCGCAGAAACGGCUGCGCAGAAACGGCUGCGCAGAAACGGCUGCGCAGAAACGGCUGCGCAGAAACGGCUGCGCAGAAACGGCUGCGCAGAAACGGCUGCGCAGAAACGGCAGCGCAGAAACGGCUGCGCAGAAACGGCUGCGCAGAAACAGCUGCGCAGAAACAGCUGCGCAGAAACAGCUGCGCAGAACAGCUGCGCAGAAACAGCUGCGCAGAAGCAGCUGCGCAGAAGCAGCUGCGCAGAAACAGCUGCGCAGAAACAGCUGCGCAGAAACAGCUGCGCAGAAACAGUGCGCAGAAACAGCUGCGCAGAAACAGCUGCGCAGAAACAGCUGCGCAGAUACAGCUGCGCAGAUACAGCUGCGCAGAUACAGCUGCGCAGAAACAGCUGCGCAGAUACAGCUGCGCAGAAACAGCUGCGCAGAAACAGCUGCGCAGAAACAGCUGCGCAGAAACAGCUGCGCAGAAACAGCUGCGCAGAAACAGCUGCGCAGGAACAGCUGCGCAGAAACAGCUGCGCAGAAACAGCUGCGCAGGAACAGCUGCACAGGAACAGCUGCGCAGAAACAGCUGCGCAGAAACAGCUGCGCAGAAACAGCUGCGCAGGAACAGCUGCGCAGGAACAGCUGCGCAGGAACAGCUGCGCAGGAACAGCUGCGCAGAAACAGCUGCGCAGGAACAGCUGCGCAGGAACAGCUGCGCAGGAACAGCUGCGCAGCAACAGCUGCGCAGAAACAGCUGCGCAGAAACAGCUGCGCAGAAACAGCUGCGCAGAAACAGCUGCGCAGAAACAGCGGCGCAGAAACAGCGGCGCAGAAACAGCGGCGCAGAAACACUCUAUAGCCUCCGGUUACAGGAGCGAACAGCUGCGCAGGAACAGCUGCGCAUAAGCGGCUGCGCAGAAGCGGCUGCGCAGAAGCGGCUGCGCAGAAGCGGCUGCGCAGAAGCGGCUGCGCAGAAGCGGCUGCGCAGAAGCGGCUGCGCAGAAGCGGCUGCGCAGAAGCGGCUGCGCAGAAGCGGCUGCGCAGAAGCGGCUGCGCAGAAGCGGCUGCGCAGAAACGGCUGCGCAGAAACGGCUGCGCAGAAACGGAUGCGCAGAUACGGCUGCGCAGAAACGGCUGCGCAGAAACGGCUGCGCAGGAACGGCUGCGCAGGAACGGCUGCGCAGGAACGGCUGCGCAGGAACGGCUGCGCAGGAACGACUGCGCAGGAACGGCCUGCGCAGGAACGGCUUCGCAGGAACGGCUGCGCAGAAGCGGCUGCGCAGAAGCGGCUGCGCAGAAGCGGCUGCGCAGAAGCGGCUGCGCAGAAGCGGCUGCGCAGAAGCGGCUGCGCAGAAGCGACUGCGCAGAAGCGGCUGCGCAGAAGCGGCUGCGCAGAAGCGGCUGCGCAGAAGCGGCUGCGCAGAAGCGGCUGCGCAGAAGCGGCUGCGCAGAAGCGGCUGCGCAGAAGCGGCUGCGCAGAAGCGGCUGCGCAGAAGCGGCUGCGCAGAAGCGGCUGCGCAGAAGCGGCUGCGCAGAAGCGGCUGCGCAGAAGCGGCUGCGCAGAAGCGGCUGCGCAGAAACGGCUGCGCAGAAACGGCUGCGCAGGAACGGCUGCGCAGAAACGGCUGCGCAGAAACGGCUGCGCAGAAACGGCUGCGCAGAAACGGCUGCGCAGAAACGGCUGCGCAGAAACGGCUGCGCAGAAACGACUGCGCAGAAACGGCUGCGCAGAAGCGGCUGCGCAGAAGCGGCUGCGCAGAAUCAGCUGCGCAGAAUCAGCUGCGCAGAAGCAGCUGCGCAGAAGCGGCUGCGCAGAAGCGGCUGCGCAGAAGCGGCUGCGCAGAAGCGGCUGCGCAGAAACGGCUGCGCAGAAACGGCUGCGCAGAUACGGCUGCGCAGAAACGGCUGCGCAGAAACGGCUGCGCAGAAACGGCUGCGCAGAAACGGCUGCGCUGAUACGGCUGCGCAGAAACGGCUGCGCAGAAACGGCUGCGCAGAAACGGCUGCGCAGAAGCGGCUGCGCAGAAGCGGCUGCGCAGAAGCGGCUGCGCAGAAGCGGCUGCGCAGAAGCGGCUGCGCAGAAACGGCUGCGCAGAUACGGCUGCGCAGAAACGGCUGCGCAGAAACGGCUGCGCAGAAACGGCUGCGCAGAAACGGCUGCGCAGAAACGGCUGCGCAGAAACGGCUGCGCAGAAACGGCUGCGCAGUAA